GUGUGUGUAAAGAAAUUCUUUUGCAUGUUCAAUAAUCUCUUGAUUUUAUUUAAGUUGUGUCUUUCAUAGCUCAGCCAAAGUUUAUUAGUCAUUUAGUUCACAAUAUGACUCCAAAUGCGAGUGUAGUUAAUUGAAAAGUUUGUGCCACUAAUUAAAUUAGUUAAUUAUGUAAUCUGAUAGUGUUAAAUUAUUCGAUACACAAACAAAAAAAAAAGUCUAGGAGUAGCCGCACCCGGACAGCUCAGAGCCGAAACCAAAGAUGUUGCCCCGAAUUUGCAUCAAGUUCAAGCUAAAAUAUAUCGUCUCGGUCGCCCUGGCGGUUCUGUUGCUGGAGUAUUUUGGCGCCUUUACCCACAUGUUUGAAGCGGAUUUUGAACGGACCUUUAGCUAUCCCAUGGAAGGUGACAUCCUGUCCAAUGUGUAUCAGCUACGGCAUCGGCAACGUCCCGCAGUGGAUCCUAUCAACACCUACAACUAUAGCUUUAUCAGCGAUUGCCAGCACAAGUGUAAGGAGGACGAUCGAUUGAUUGCUCCGCGUUUGGUGCUUGUCAUCAAAUCUGCUAUGGAAAAUUUUGACCGACGGGUAGCGAUCCGCAAGAGCUGGGGUUGGGAGAAGCGAUUUUCAGAUGUUAAAAUAAGAACGGUUUUUCUGCUGGGCCGUCCAGCGGAACCCAAUCGGCGGUUACAGUCAUUGAUCGAUUUAGAGUACGCAAAUUACCGAGAUAUAGUUCAGGCCAAUUUCGUCGACGCCUAUUUCAAUAACACGAUUAAAACGAUGAUGGGCUUCCGGUGGGCUGUUACCUAUUGUCCUCGUGCCAAAUUCUAUAUGUUUGCCGAUGAUGACUUUUACAUUUCAACGAAAAAUUUGCUCAAAUACGUACGGAAUCCUGUUAACUAUCCCGAGUAUCUGGAAGAAACGGAUGAAGCUCUGCGCAAAUUGGCACGCCGUCUAAGUCAAACGACGAGCAACAAUAACAGCUCGCAGAUGCAAGAAGCUCCAGCUAAUGCAUCGGAAAGAGCAUUAACAAACGGGCGACGCUCUAAACGGCAGAUUCUCAAUAUGGACAUGGAAUUGCCCAAUGAUGUUAAACUAUUUUCGGGGUUUGUUUUCCGAUCAGCUCCGCAUCGACAUAGAAGCAGUAAAUGGUACGUGUCAAUAAAAGAGUAUCCCUGGGAUAUGUGGCCUACGUACGUUACUGCCGGAGCCUUUCUGCUGUCCCAUGAAGCGCUGUUUGAGAUGUACUACGUCAGCAUGUACACCAAACACUUCAGAUUCGACGACAUCUAUCUGGGAAUCGUAGCACUGAAAGCGGGAAUAGAACCGUUGCAUUCCGAGGAGUUCUAUUUUCACAAGGCACCCUUCUUGGGGCCACAAAGCUAUAAGUAUGUAUUGGCCAGCCACGGCUAUGACGAUCCGGAGGAGUUGGUGAAAAUAUGGAACGAAGUUCGGGCAGCCGGUUAUGCCUGAAUGAAAAGGAAGAGAUUGUAAACCAAAUCGAUGAGCUGUGAAUGACAACUCGUAACUCUAGAGCGAAUUGAUGAUACAAACAACCCCACAGUCGCAUUAUUCCUAUUACAGGCAGUCAUCCAACGAACAUUAGAUCAAUUUUGCAUUGAUAUAAAACAUUUUUGAUAGCGUUUUCUUUGCAUUUAUCAUAGUGUACUUGCGUAGUAGAAUCCAUCUUGGAAGGACAAAUUCUGUAGCAGCUAGAUCUUUGAAAGUCAGCUUAAGACUAUUUAGACUGAUGUGUGAUAUGCAGAUUAAAAGGGCGGAGAUAUUUAUAAAGUUCAGCUAGAAUAAUAGAUCUUAUGUAAAUUUACCAAAUAAAAUUGCGUAAAAUUGUACCUAUAU